AAAAUGGCGGAGUAUGCUGAGAACGUUUAUGCAAAACACAUUACGAAAGAUAAUCUCGAUGAAAGUGUAAGUAUAUAUUGAUUAUUGUCGCAUAAAAAGCCUGAUGUAAAAUGCAUUUGCAGAUAUAAGUGUCAAGUUUUCUUUCGACACAGAAAAUGCUGUUCAUUCAGUUUAUCCCUUUUUUUAUGAAAUGAGCGCAUCGGCGUACGAGACAGGACGAUAGUGCCCCCUCCUCCCGCUGAAAGGAAUUAGAAAACGGAGGAAAGUUGGAAAAAUGCUGGGGAAUUAUUAAAAUUCUCCAUAAAAAUUCGGGCAGACAUUUCAGUGACCCCAUGCAGGAUAGGAUCGGUUCCGUACUCUUAUGAAUGAACUUAAUGAUUUUAAUAAUAAUUUAUUUGAUUUACCACAAAAAAUAUAUAGAGAGAGGAUAUUACACGACGGCGCGAAGAUAUGACUUUUAUUUUCGAGUGGUGGAAACAAUAUUUUACGAACGAGCGCAGCGAGUGAGUAAAAUAUUGUUUUUAACACGAGAAGAUAAAAGUCAUAUCUUCAAGCCACCGUGUAUAAUGUUCUGUUUAUUAUAUAGUCCCAAGCAAAAAAUUGUGAAAUUUCACGCUCAAAAGCAAAUUGGAAAAAGUCACGACGUGACGUGAUCGAUAUCUUCACUAGUGAUGAUAUAUGGAAAAUAUCGAUCACUGUGUAUUUUUCAGUAUCUCACUCUCUACUAUAUAUAAUAAACAUAAUUAUACAAGUAUACCAACAAUCAACGAGGUAGCCCAUGUAUACAAGCCUUAUGGUUUCUAUUUGGGCUUUCCUCACCACAAUUAUUUUUGUAGCCUAUAUGUAUAAUUUUUUUUAUACACAUACAAAUUAAAAUAAUUGUGCUGAGGAAAGCCCAAAUAGAAACCAUAAGGCUUGUAUACAUAGGCUACCUCGUUGAUUUCAGAUUAAAUAAUUCAUGUGCAUGAUACUAGGGCAAAGAAUCAGAAUCACAUUUAUUUCACACCGGGUAUUUAAACUAAGGAUAACAUUCAGCAGAAUUUACUAAGUAUAUAUAGUUACAAAACCAAACCCACAUAUUAAAAUUACUAUAUUAAACAAAGUUAACGUACAGUGAUCAAAGUUAUUAUAUAAAAGUAUAUGACGGCGACAUAACAGAACUGUGUAAGUAUUUAUAUUUGCGAAUAAAUAAGGAAUUGACUAUACCUAUUCUUAAAAUUAGAAACUAAAUUUGACUUUUUUAUAUGGUAAGGAAUUGUCUCCCAAAUUUUUGAUGAAAUAAAUCUAAAAGUAAAGACUCCAUAAUUUGUUCGAGCUUUCGACCUAAUAAAAUCUGCCUUUUAGAUGUUCGACUUUAAGAAUGGAAUGAAUAGAUAGUCGAAUAAGAAUGGUUGAACCAAAUUACUAAAUAUGUUGAAGUUAUAUGUAUUAACGAGAAGAAAGAAACGACCUUAACUUAGAUUGAAAAUUAAAAAUAGAAUAGAUGAUGAAUUAUACGUAUAUCGCGGGAUUGAACGUAUUGAAAAAUUUUGGUUCUUGAUAAUUAACAGAAAAUUGAUGAGUAUUUGUCCUGCAAUAAAGGACAACGCAUGAAUUUAGAUUUCAGUUGCUAAAAUUUUGUUCAAGUUCUUAGUGAAACCAUUUCCUUUUGUAUCAAAAUACGAAAUUAUAAACUUCAUGCAUUCUGUAUUAUAUAUGUGCAGUUGCAUGAGUAACAACUCAAGCCUGUGUUUGCAUAGGUUCAUUGUUCAUUUGUUAUGACCCAUAGCAGGUCUAUAGUAGUAUAGAACUGCAACGAUAUGAUAUGUAACGAUCUUUCCCAUCUAUAUUAAAAAGGAAUAAAUAGAAGAUUUUAGACGGUUGCGAGGAGAUAUGGAUUUUAUGUUCGAGUGGCAAAAACAAUAUAUAUAUAUGAGAUAUUGUUUUUAACACGAGAACAUAAAUCCAUAUCUUCUCGCAACCGUUUAAUGUUCUGUUUAUUAUAUGGAAUUAUUCAGAGUGACAAUUAAAUACACGCAAAGAGGACAUGUAAAUAAGCACACGAAAGACCAGUAUAAAAGCGAUAUUUUUUAAAUUAUAGUGCAAACAUAAAACUAGAAUAAAUUUUACUUAUCUCAAGAUAUCUUUUAAAUGUUUUCGUUUUAUUCCCAACGUUAAUUUCGUUUUCAGUAUAUACGAACCAAAGACCAUUUGUAUUUUCCGCAAAACAACAACAGUCAACAAUGAAAAUGGCGGGAAAUUUUCGAACUUCGUAUGUCACUCGCAAGCGUGAAAUACGGAAAAUACGCGCAUCUGGUCCCGGAUGUAGUGGCAUAUAUGCAGAGUUCUACGAGUGUUUUAGUUUCCAUAUAAUAAAUGUUAUUAUUUUACAGUAUGUUUACUUCGAUGCUGUUGGAGGGAAUGUUUCGACGCUAAUCGAUAAUCUUGAUGGAUUUUCUGAUGGUGUCACUUUCACCACAAGUGCUGUUCAAACGCCUACAGAUCUCUACCAGUACAGUAUGUUGAAUUUUCUCUCUUAAAAUGCCAGUAACAUUUUUGUUGUCCCCAGUACUUGAAGAGUUUUCACUUGCCGAGUUUUCAAAUGAAAUCGUUUUUGUAAAAUUAUGUUCUUAUAAUGAGCCAUGCAAACCCACCCUCUCAACAUUCCGUGUGGGAGGAAUAGGCUAUUCCAACUUUUAAUUUAUGCGCGCAGGGGGUGACGGGAAGUAAGGUAUCAUAUUGCUGGUUAUGCUGAAAAAUUUCCAUAAAAACUGCCGAAACAACCGAAAUAUUUCGAUAUUUACAAGUAUAAGCUAUCACUCCGUGUUUACAGGGCCACCAUUUUUAUUUUUUCAGCACAUUCAGCAAUAUGAUACCUCACUUCCCAUCCCCCACUAAAAGCUGGAGUUGCCUAUUCGGAGUACUCGGAGGAAACCUAUGGUUUUCGAUAGAGCGUUGACUCACACAGGAAGCAUUGACGUCACAUCCCACGAUCUCAGAGAUGAAAGGCGCUUACUCCAGCGAUUGCGUCAGCGAUUUAACCACUGACCUGUUUGGAUUCCUGAUCGAUUUCCAGAUUGAUUCCAAUCUGUGCACAUGGACUGGGACCGCGGAACAGGGAAGCCGGGGGUGGGGGGCAUGCCCCCCACUUUUUCGGUGGAUAAUAGAAAUUAACGGAUAAAAUUCAGCCUGCCUGCGUUGAAUAGCUGUGUCCCCCCCCACUUCAAAACAAGCUCCGCGGUCCCUGAUGGAACAAACUUUACGACCGUCAAUUUAUUUCACAUUUGUAUAGCUUCACUUAGAGCGGUAUAAUAUCUCAUCAUCUUCAUAAUUAUAUAACUGGAGUAACAUCGCCCAACAGGUGACACUGGAUCUUUAACGGAAACAAUCGCCUACAUGUACAACCCUGAAACUUUAACUCUAGUAUGUCACACUACUGGCCAGAAAACAUUACUACGCAUGACCAGAAAAAUAAACAUUUUGCAUAAAUCUAAUACUCAUUUCAGCUAUACCGUUCUUUAUAUCAUGUUUCGCUCACUACUCUGGUUUAAAUAAAUGACUACAACGCCCAGUCGAAUUGUAAUCAAGACCCAACGUUUCGACACUCCAGUCUAGUGUCUUCAUCAGGGGUGAUCUAAAGUUGCAAUUGUGGCUUCUUAAAUACCCAAGGGAUGACGUCACCUGCCAGUGAGAUGCAUAUAUUCCUCUGGCAAAUAGGCACCGUCAUCCCUAUUCAAAGCAUGAUUACUCAUAUUUAUAUGCCACGCUUCUAGGCAAAGUCUUUGACCAUAGCGAUUGUUUGUGGUAAUUACUUUAGAGUUUUCCCACGCAAUCACCAAACACGAGAUUGCGUGGAAAAACUCUAAAGUAAUUACCACAAACAAUCGCUAUGGUCAAAGACUUUGCCUAGAAGCGUGGCAUAUAAAUAUGAGUAAUCAUGCUUUGAAUAGGGAUGACGGUGCCUAUUUGCCAGAGGAAUAUAUGCAUCUCAUUGGCAGGUGACGUCAUCUCUUGGGUAUUUAAGAAGCCACGAUUGCAAUUUUAGAUCACCCCUGAUGAAGACACUAGACUGGAGUGUCGAAACGUUGGGUCUUGAUUACAAUUCGACUGGGCGUUGUAGUCAUUUAUUUAAACCAGAGUAGUGAGCGAAACAUGAUUGAUAUACCUGGUUGCAGUGAACGAACGUUCUUUGUAUGUUAUAACCUAAUAAUUAUAUCCAGAUCUAUUGGACAGCUUUCAUAUGGUGUUCUACAUAAUCUGUGUUUGUUUUCAGCUUCUGAAAUCUUGAACUCUAUUGCUUGGACAGAUAAAUUAGACAAGAAGUUCAAAGAAAAUUUUGGCAAUAAAAGUAUCAAAGCGUGGCAGUAUAUUGGAUUGUCAAAUGGCGUUUAUCGCUUUUAUCCUGGUACGAUCAGUUUUGUAAAAUUAUACUCAUUAAAGACGUAUAUACAGUUUGUCUUAGUCGAAGGGAGGAGAGAUGAUUGUGUUUUAUUGACAAAGUUGAAAUUAGUCAAACCUCACUUCUGCUUUGGAAUCAGAGUUGUAGACUCGAUUCAUGUGACUUGACUUGUUAACUAGAUGAACGACUUGUGAUUUGACUUGGACUGGAACAAAAUUGAACUGGAACAAAAUUGACUUGCAAUUUGAUUUGGACUUGCAAGGAAUGACUUGUUGCCAGAUCUAGUGAAAAUUAACUUUUCUACAACUUGCACUGAAAAUUCAUCUGCGCACAGUGGCUAUAUAUACAUAGUGCAGCAAGAUUGGCAUAUCGCAGUAUGACUGUGGGCUAGUGUCUAAAAAGAACUGAACAGAAUGACUUGCGACUUGACUCAGUCAAAGACAAAAUGACUUGACUUGCUCAUAGAGGUACGGGAGGGAAACAAUUUGCGUCAUAAACAUCCCAUAAUUUCUGUCGACAGAGAGGGGGUCUCGUCGCCGGCGAAAAUUUCGCAAGACAUCAGUUAAGACAUUUUCACAGCGUUAUAAAUUUCUUCCAUUUUCGACGAUUUUAAUACUCGUCGCGCCUCCCGUUCAUCAUUUGCCCGAUUUUUAAGUUGAAUUGCCAGAUGUUUUAGUACAAUAGCCCGAUUUUUAAGUACAAUCUGUUCGAUUUUUAAAUACAAUCUGCCCCCCCCCCCCCCCUGGUACGCUCAUUUCACUUGCUACUCUGAGUGAAUGACUUGCGACUUGGACUCGGAACUAAGUGACUUGUGUGACAACUAAGUGACUUGUGACAACUAAGUGACUUGUGACAACUAAGGGCCUGUUUAUAUGGAAGCCGGGCUGGCCCGCUUAGCGAGACAGCCCGGUAAGUGGGAUGAAUUUCUCUUGUGUUUAUAUGAGAAAAUUUCAUCCCGCUUGCCGGGACAAUUUUGUUACAUUGAUAUUGUUUUGACAGUUGUUAAAAAUAGCUUGCGGCGGUAUCUUUGAACUUUCAUCCCGGCAACCGGGCUAGCCCGCUUGUGAGUGUUUAUAUGAAGAAAUUUUCAUCCCGGUAAGCGAGAUCUCGCCUCUUUCAAGCGAGAUAUCGGCAACCGGGCCAGCCCGCUUGUCCAUAAAAACGCACGAUAAUUUUUACUAUAAAAAUAACUACACAACGAGAUCUCGCUUACCGGGCUGUCUCGCUAAGCGACCCAGACCGGCUUCCAUAUAAACACGCCCUAAGUGCAUGACUUGUGACAAUGUGACUUUAAUACUUGCACUUGCAAAAUAAGGCAUGCUUGAUCGAAGCAUGUACAUUAAUGAGUUAAAAAGAGGGAUGGCCAGAUAGAAUGGUUGAAUUCCCAAGGAUCUUGAGUGUCUUUAGAUCAAAUUAAAAAGGUGGGGGUAUUGCAGGUUGCAUUUGAUUGUGGCUUUCGUUAACUUAAAUUAUCCGUCUUAUUUCCAGCGCAUGGUCUAUGGUACGCUGGCCUAUAGCACCCUUCCGGAAACCACGUUACUUUGGCUAUGCAGCCUCGUGUGACAUAGGUAAAACCUAGCAAUGCACGAAAACAAGGCACUUUAGCCAGGGUAGUCUACUUUUCAGAAGUGUGUAUUUCCAUUAAUAACUUUCUUCAAAUGAAAUGAAAUACAGCUGAUUCUUGCUCUUGAUACAUUUCAAACCUAAUGCUUAUCGAAUUUUUUUAAAAAAUUCAUUAUAUAACCAUUGCCUGUUAAUUAUUACGUGAUCUCGGGAAGUCUAAAUGCGUAAAGUUAAUGUGUAAAUUGUACUAACAUAUAAUCUUGGAUGUUUUAGGCGCCUCUUGGCCUAAGGGAAGCCGCAAUUUAAUGCAGUACUAUGACGUUCGCCAAAGACCUUGGUAUGUUCUAGG